CCCCCCCGCCUCCCCCGUCCCUACGGUGGCCGCGGGGUCGCCGGUGGCAGCGCGUCGUGUCGUGUCGCGCCGCUCUCCCCGCUCCGCGGCCGGCCCGAACAGGCGGUGAGGCGAGAGGAGCGGGGCGGCGGCGAUGUCCGAGCGUGAGCAGGCCCGGCGAGGCCCUAGCCCGCCUUUCCGUCGGCAAACCGGGCGCUGGGCCGGGCCCUGAGCCGCCCGCGGCCCGGGAGCGGGGUGAGCCCGCAGUAGGCGUUGAGGAGCUGGCGAGGCCCGGAGCUGCCCCGGCUGAGGAUGGGGAUCCUCUUCACCAGGAUCUGGAGGCUGUUCAACCAUCAGGAGCACAAAGUAAUCAUUGUUGGUCUGGAUAAUGCAGGAAAAACCACCAUUCUUUAUCAAUUCUCCAUGAAUGAAGUGGUGCAUACCUCACCCACUAUAGGGAGUAACGUGGAAGAGAUAGUGGUUAACAACACGCGCUUUCUGAUGUGGGAUAUUGGAGGGCAGGAGUCUCUUCGGUCUUCAUGGAACACCUACUAUACAAACACUGAGUUUGUGAUAGUUGUUGUGGACAGCACAGACAGAGAGAGAAUUUCUGUGACUAAAGAAGAACUGUAUAAAAUGUUAGCACAUGAGGACUUAAAAAAAGCAGGUUUGCUGAUCUUUGCUAACAAGCAAGAUGUUAAAGAGUGUAUGACAGUAGCUGAAAUAUCUCAGUUUCUGAAAUUGACUUCAAUUAAGGAUCACCAGUGGCACAUUCAGGCAUGCUGUGCUCUAACUGGAGAAGGACUGUGCCAAGGACUCGAAUGGAUGAUGUCAAGACUUAAGAUCAGAUGAUUUUUAAUGACCUCUUUGCACAGACAUUGCUUAAAAAGAGCUGUACCCAGGAUUACCUUCACAGUGGCAGAAUUAAUGGGUUAGAUGUAUUUAUACUGAACUGAUUUCAACUUUAUUUUCUACAUGGAUGCACACACACAUACGUGUAUAUAAAUUAAGACCAUUCAGCAAAAAGAAAGAUGCAGUUAUGGCUCCAGUUUGGUUUCUGGUUUGUUUUCCUCUGAGGAUGCGUUAAAAGCUGUGAUCAACCUUCUUUUCAAGAUACAGCCACUUGGAAUUGUCCAAUGUCGAGCAUGGUGAAGAUGAAGUGAGAGGAAGGAGCUUUUAAUUUUGAGUUUUAUUAUUCCAUUGUAGUCCUCUCUAGUUGAAGAUGUUGGCUUCAUUAUUCCAGUAAAUUAGCAAGCAAAUCAAUGGCAUAGAUAUCAACUUUCCAGUAUUUUUAAGGUUACUGAUGUUACAAAUGCAAAAUAUUUUCCUGUAUGUGUACUGUACAUAUUUGUGUAUAUUUAUACCUCAAUUUUAGGUUAAUUGCAAUCUGUUCAGACCAGUGUGUAAAGCUGAAUCAGUAUGUUGACAGUAAUACUAAUAUUUGACAUUGCCAACAUGUCACAAGUUCUUUUCGUUUGUUAUCUGUAUGGCUGUAGCAUCCAUCAGACAGUUGGCUUGCCACAACUUUAUAAAGCAAACUCUCUCCUAAGACCGUUGCUUGUUUUUCACAUGAUUUUUCAGUUAGGGAGGCUGCUGUAAUGGAUUGGGGCAUAUAGACACUGAGCUUCGAGGUACAGUGUCGGCAAACAGUGAAAAUUUGCCAAAGAGUUUAAAAUUAAAUGGGGUUUCCUUUUUUUUUUCCUUUCCUUUUUUCUUUUCUGUAGUCAUGAUUGGAUUAGGUGAUUGCAAAAAGUGUGUGUCAUGCUGUCCUAUUGCUGUCCUAUGAUACUGCUGCUCUUUUUUUGCAGUACUGUUCACUUAUGGUUCAAGUCUAGUAGAAGUACCUUUAGCUGUCGUAAAGGGAAAAAUGUCAUCUCUUUUUUUUCUUAAUCAAAGAAGAGGCACAUAAGUAUGUUUAAAAGUCCCACUGGAAUCUUAUAAACCAAGUCAUACUCUGUAUUAAGUGUUUUUCAGAGGAAGGCACACUUCUCUUUGAUAGUGUAAAAUGUAUAUAUAUCUAUAUGCAAUGGAUGGAGCUGGGCUGGGGAACAAAACAGAUGACACUACUUGAAAAGCUGUAAGUGACCCAUUGAUCGUGUUCCUGCAGAAGUUUCAGGGCAGUAAUUCUUGAAAAUAAAACUUUCUUGCAUGGUCCCCAGGUGAGUUACAAAGAAGCGUCAGAACACUAUGUGGUUAUCUCUUCUUCCUGUAGUACCUGAUGGGACAAUGUCCAUAUGAAGUUGGUUAGAAUUCCCAUUUUCAAGGAUACAGGCUUUUCAGUGGGAUGGGAAUUGGAUGGUUUGAAAUGUUCUCAGUAUAGUGAAGGUGCACAUAGCCUUAACCAUAGGCUUUUUAUGUUGGAGAUGGAUGUUUGGGGAAUGUAGCAAAAUGAAAUAAAACUUUGUUUAAUAUGUCGUUCCUUUUGCUCACACAUCUGAUAAGGAUGGAAAAGACAUUUUAAAGAAAAAGCUUAGUUUGAACUUUUUAAGGUGCUUACGUUUGGUGAUGGGAUAAUCCAGUCAGUGCACCUGCCUUCUCAUUUGCCUCCUUCACUGCAGAUCAUGUGGGGAAUUUGUGGGGAAAAGAAGGGAGGCCAUUUCAAAAGUUUCUGUUUAACAAAGGCAGGUAAAGAAUUUAACUUUUUAAUAUAUUUUUGUUAUCUCUUUCUGAUGCUCACUAGCUAGGGAAUCUGCUGUCUUUGGUAAACAUUUUAAUGUGUACAUGCAUAUAUUUAUAGUGCAUGCACAUAGAUAUUGGUAUUUAACUGGUGUAUUGCAAAAUGUAUAAAUGUUUGAAGAAAUAACAAUUUAAUGCAAAGACUUUCUCAGUUUAUCUGGCAGUAUCUUCAAGAAAAGAGCUCUGUGCACACUUGCAUAUGAAAUGGAAUUGUACGUUUUCUAGUCUUAAAAAAGAAAAAGCAGACUUGCUUAUAAACCUAAGUGUUUGUUUUUUGAGUCUUAUGUCUUCCUGUUCAUCCCUUUAAAAUACUUUGCUUUAGUAGUGUUAAAUACUGCAUACUUUUGUCUGAAUCACAGAAUGGUUGGGUUGGAAGGGACCUUAAAGAUCAUUUAGUUCCAACCCCCCUUCCACGGACAGGGUCACCUCCCACUAGACCAAGUUGCUCAAAGCCCCACCCCAGAUCCAGUCUGCACGGGUUGUGUGUGGAGUUUUUGUUUUUAAGAAAAUGAGUUAAUGAAAGAAGAAUCAUGAAGCAGUAUUCUGCUGCUUACUCCCUUGCGUAAAUUUGUAGGUCUUAAUAUGUGCAUGUAAUAAAAGCGUGGUGUUUUUUUUCCAGGUAUGGCUUAUGUUACAACCAGACAUCUUGUCUACACAUAAGCAAACUUACAUUGACUCUUUUUCUCUCUGGGUAACCUGGCCACUUCCACUUUCUGUGACCUCUAAGAUACUGCAUGGUUCACUUCAUCUUUUGUUUUGCAAGUGGCAACAGACCCUAGUAGAGUUGGGAAUAACUGCACGCAUAAAGACCACAUGUUAAAACAAAGACUUUUGUGCCCUAAAGAGUUUAUAAUCCAGAACUUAAAUGGUGUGUUGGGUAGUGAACAAUUCAGCCUUAACCCAACUACAAAAAAGCUGUGUGUUGUGUCACAUUCAACGAUGAGUUCUCUAUGUGUUUUGUGAUCGCCUAAUAUCUUAGAGGGGAGAUGUGCUCUUCAGGAGCUAGAAUUGAGUGGUGGCCAAGUACUUACUGGUGCAUCGCCUGCCUUAUAGCAUUCUUGACAGGGGCUUAGGAAUCGAGGGAAGACACCCCUUCAUUUUAAAUGCUGGAUUUGCAGUCUCUAUAGGGAUUCCAAAUCUUCACUUUCUGUGGUUGGUGUUAUUGUGCGUUUUAAGGGGAGCAAAGCAGAGUGAAAGUGGAAUAGUAUCAUCCAGGCAUUGCAGUGGAAGCUUUUGUAGGAAAGUUCGCCUGCCUGGAGGUUCUUCAUGAGAACAACUGUUUGCUCAGAUACUAACAAGAUGAACCUUAGAAGACUAUACAAGUACGUACCCUCAGGUAGCAUUGUGGCUGUGAUGGUCCUUUCCUACACACCUUGACUUUUGUGUAAAGAUAGAAAUGCUUUUAAGUUUAGUCCCCUAGUAGAGCUGGAGAAGAGCUGGAGAAAAGCCGAACACACAACCCCUUUUCAUAUGUGCUUUUUGUUUACAUCGCUUUUCUUCUUCCUGUAGGACCUUUUGCAUUUUUCUCACAGCUGUGUCCAUAGAAAAGCAAGUUAACUUUGCAUCAGUGCUGCUUUCAACUUCACUCGUUGUUGUUUGGAAGUGAUUGUUUUACCAUGAGUCAUGACCUUGAUUUGUACUGCUUUUGUAUUUUCACCCUCUGUGUGUUGUGUUGCCUUUGCUUUCAGCUAAAUCUUAACCUUAGUUUGCCUUUGUUCUUCAUGAAAUUCAUUCUUAGGAUAUUAUAAAGAAAAAGGGAAGGGUCUUUAAAAAUGUUUUUUUAAGUUUACGCUGCAGAAUGCCAUUUUUUUUACUGCUAUUUUUUGCUAUUUUUUUAUUUUGCUAGUAAGUCAUAUUCCAACAGCUUAAUCCUUAAAAUGUUUCUUUUGGUUUAGCAGGUAAUAAACUUGGUAAAUCAUCUCUAUAAUAUGCUGCCUCUGUGACCUGAAAAUUAGGCAGGUUUUAAAUUGUGAGGAAAGGCAGAAUAUAGAGCUUGGAAAAUGUGAACAGGGAUCUACCUGGCUUCAUUUUUUUAAAAUUUUUUUUCUUUUUCAGGGUGGCUUAAUACCUGUUUUCCUAUGCAUUAUAUAGUAUGUUCUUAGGUGUAGGGGUGUGAAUGUUAAACGUAUCUGAUAGGCACCUUUACAGUCUAUGCAGCUCAAGUGCCUAAAACUAAUUCAGUGGUUGGGUUUUUUUCUUCCUAUGCUACGAUUUCCAUUUUCCUUAAAAUAGAUAUAUUUCUAUAAAAGCAUCUUAAUGUGUGUAAAUGAGUGGUUUUUUUCCCUCCCUACAUGCUGUUUUUAACACGAUUUAUGAUAAAUUUAUUUGUUACAGUUCUUUCAAUCUUCUGCAUUCCAAGCACUUUUCCAUUUAUCAGGCAUCGCAUACCUAGCUUGCUUUAUAAAAGGAAGUAUGAAAUUCGUCCUUGUAUCAGACUGGUUAGCUGGAAUUUUUUUCAAGGAACUCUAUUUAAAUAACUUACUCCAAGAAUACUUGGCCUUGCAAGCUUCCUAAUGUAAGUAGUUCCUUUUUAAUUGGCUAGGAAAACAUUAGCUUUUUGCGACUGUCAGACUAUGUCUGAAAAACCGUUUUCACGAAUUCCAAUGAAUGUAAUAUUAAGCCUUGAACUGGUGCAUCACUGAGUAUUACAGGAUAGGAAUGAUUUAACGUCACGAAGAAUGGCACUAAAAAAGAAAAAUGUCUCUGCAUAUAGUUGUGAUAUGUAUUAUAAAUACAAAUGUGACUUGAAUAUAAUUGUUGCAGUGAAUAUAUUAAAUGUACAAAAAUGAGAAAUUAUAAGUGGUUGCCACUGUAACUUUUUUACAAUGUGCUUUAGAAUCAUAAGCAGAAAUUAUAUUCUUGCCUUACUAGGAUUUUACUGGUUAACUUUUAUACUGUACAGAAACUGUUUUUGAAAACUUUCUUCACAUCAGAUAGCCUUUAUCCGUAACAGGGUCACACUCAUGUACUAUCCUUAGCCUUUUAAGCCAGGCCUUCUGUGAGUAAGGACACAAGCUGGGUAUGUUUUUUAAGCUUUUCAUAUUUGUAAAUUUAGAAAACUUGGCUCAUACUGAAUUAAGGUAGAACAUGCUGCUUUACCUAGAAGGCUAUAAAUCUUUCUUUGUAAAUCGUCAGCUCAAUGUUCCUCUUUUCUAAAUAUGUCCUGCAUCAGACACUGUGGAAGGCUGAAGAAGUGGCCAAGAAAAAACUUCUUCUCGUGCUGAGAGAUUCAGAGAUUGAAAACCAAAACACCUCCGAUUGGAAAGCCUCAGCACUUUUAUGGGUAAUAAAUUGAAGAAUUGGUAGUAUAUGAUAGAGGAAUGGUAACCAAUCCAGUUUAAACUGUGUCUGUAUUGUGGUUUCAGGAAUGUUUUCAGCAUGCCCUUGACUUUCCUAUAACAUCCUUUUCCAAACCCUUUAAUCCUGUGGCCCCAGUUGUGUACUCAGCCUGUACAUGCUGCUCUUGAGUCUGCCUUUCUGUCUCUCCGGCAGGAGUCAAAGGGAACCGACUUCUUUGUCCUUAUGCUCUGCCAAGAACUGGAUGAUAAUACUAAUGUCCAACACUAAACCUACAAUUCUUUGAGUAUAAACUUACCAGAUUAGUAUACUGAUGAUGUAGUUAUGUUAUAGUAUGUUAUCUGCCUGGUUUUUAUGAACACAAAAUAACAUCCAUAUAUAUACACAUGAAUCAUAUGACCAGAGUCAUAUUUCUUUUGAUCGCUUGUAUUUUGUACUUCUCUUUCUAAAGAGUUUGUCUUCUUUCUGAAAGAAAUGCAUAAAGUAUGUGGUUAACACUGAUACUGCAAUAAAAUUUAAUUCCAGAACGUACAAAAUUAUUGCUUCAAAUUAAUACAAGGCUUGCGAGGGCUGGCAUUUCCUGGCUUGAGCACUUCUGUGUCUGGAACUUCCACAUGUUUAUCUAAGUAAUUUGGCUAAAACUUUUUAUACAGCUAUUUAUUAUAAUAAAGUUCAAUUAUGAUUCUGUAAAGUAACUUUUCCUGAAAUUUUAUCAGAACAUUCCUUUAAUUGUUUUCCCCUUGCCUCUUUCUGUCUUUCCUGGCUUUUAAAAUCUGAUUUUCAUUUAGUUGAAGGGAAUUUAUUCACAUCUUCUGACUCAUGUCUUCUCAUUCUUGUCUUCUAAUUCUUUGUGAAACAAACACAAAUUUGGUUUAGAAUUGUUGGGGCAGGGAGCUGUGUACAAACAUAUACACAUUUACAGACAGUGUCAGAAUUGCUAAUUCUUCAGAACAUACCAGUAUUUAUUAUUUUUAAGGUGAAAUAACUUGUCAAAAUCUUACUGUUUGUUAAACCUUUUGUGUGUGUGUGUUGCAGUGAAGCUUUAUAAGCAAAGAGACUAUUUCUGACCUAGUAUAUGGGAGUUUCUUGGUGUUUUGAGGGUGAAGCGUGCUGCUCUGCCAAAACUGCUAUGGCGGGGUUUGUGUUAGGAGAUUGUUUGGCAUUUGGGACAAGUUGGGUAGUAAGCACGUGUUGGCUGGUUUCACAUAGAAUGGAAAUUAAAAUGAAUGGUGAAAUGCUCUUUUCCCAUAGAAAAUGCUGAAUUGUGGUGGUGUACCGCUCCUGCAUAUUCACAUAUCGCCUGCUGGUAUUUGCAGCCUUGUGAGUGGUAGGGAUCACAGGUGACUUUUUAGAAAGCAAAAGAGAUGAAGCCAAAGGUGGGUUGAAAAAUACAGUUGUCAUGGUACUGUACUAAAGGUGUGUUGCUCUGCAACCUGCACAGCCUUGUUCCACAUGUGUUAAUUUUGGACUUCUUGCUUGAUUUCAAACUGCAGUAUUUGUAUCCAUGUGGUAAUCUUGUGCAAUAACAUCGUAAUUGCACAGGCAGAUGAUGUUAACCGAGUUCUGGGGAAUCAGUAAACGCAUCCGUCCCUCUGGUGUGAAGGUGUGAGAGAUGGCAAAAUGCUUUUCCUCACUCUUUGUCCUUUGGCCUCUGGUUUCAGCUGUGUGACUAGCUGAAGUCUUUUUUCCUUUGUGACACCCUUUUCCCGUUUGGGUGGGCUUUUUCUCCAGCUCCUCCCUGAUGCUGGCCGGUGUGGCUGCGUCACACAUUGCUGUACUCCACCCUCCAGCGAAAAUCGUAUGGAGAAGAAGGAAGGGUGAGCUGCUGUCGUAGCCGUGCCACACUCUGGCUGUCUCUGUUGUAUUUCUUUUCCUCUUAACUCAGUUAUUCCUUGACUUUGGUACAACUUUUCUGAUAACUCUUAUUCUCCUUUUCAUUCCAAGUAAAUAAAAGGUGAUUUUAACACCCCCACCAUUAUCACAUACUUAUUUUUGUCUAUUUUAGUACAGGGUUUCUCUGAACUUUUCAUUUCUUGGGCCAUGUGCCUGUUGCCUGCCUCUCAUCCCCUUGGUGCUGUCUAAUCUUGGUCUGUAUAUCACCACAGUGGUCCAUUAAAAAUAUAUACCAAAUAAGUAUUUCCGAAGGUUCUUAUUCCAGUAUGAUGUUAGCAUUAAAUACCUUCAUUUUAACUGCGCACAAAAAAAAUGUUCACCACUGCUAAACUCCAACCACUUCUGCAUCCAACAACAGUGUACCUUGUGUAGAGCUGAAAUGAGCCAUGGCACAGUCAUUUACAAUCUGGUGUAUGAAACUGUAAAUAGACUUUUUGACAGAAAAUGCUGUUACGUUUUGACUUUUUCUCCUUGACUGUAUAGAAGUUAGACUGCUGUGUUCUCUUUAAUUAUUUCUUAUUUUGUUUUAUUAAAAUUACAGUACAUCUUUUUCAAUCCUAUUAACGCUUUUAAAAUUACAGGUCAUGUCAUUACUCUUUUCUUGCACAUUGAUUUAUUCUCUCUGAAUAUGGCUCUUUAACAUGAGGUCAAAUUAGAUGCAAAACUACAGAAUAGUCAAUGUAUUCAGGGUUGAUUCUUGUUAUUACCUUCUUUGUUUUGUCUUACUUUUUGCCCCUUAUUCUUCAGAAUUGGAAGGCUUUUUUCCCCCCUCCAAAUAUAUAUGUAUAUAUAUCUGUAGCCAAACAACUGGAGUCACACAAAGAGAUGCAAAUCAUGGAAUGGUAACAAUGAAAAUUGUCUAAAUUUUUUGUUCAUAAAUAAAGAUUUAGUAUAAAUGCUGGUACUGUUGAAGACUUGCUUCUGAGGUCCUUGUACUGUUGAAUCCUAUCAGACACCCCAUUACUACCAAUAUGUACAGCUUUGGAACAUGAAUUAAUGGAUGCAUAUUAGAGUUGUGUAAGCAACUAAUAAACCUUACUGUUUGUAUUAA